ACACCCAUCAUCAUCAUCAACUGCAAGCUUCCACCCCAGCAGCUUCUAAUCACUCUCCGAUCCGUCUCGCAGAUCAUCCAGUCGCUAUCUUCUCUUAGCAGCUAUCUCCCAUCUCUAAUCCAAAACACCGCCACAUAAUCAAGAUGCGCUUCUCCAUCACCUCCGUCGCCCUCCUCGCCGGUGCCGUUGCCGCCGUUCCCCAGUACGGCAUCCAGCCCAUCUCCCAGAUCUCCGACGGCCAGAUCCAGGCUCCUCCCGCUACGCCGCCUGCGGGUGCCCCCUCUGGCGCUCCCACUCCCGGAGUCACUUCCGUCGUUGCCUCCCUCGUCUCUGUCUCUCUCCCCGUUCCCGAGGGCACUUCCCUGGCCGUCCCAGAGGCUUCUCACUCUGGCGCUCCCGUUCCCGGAGUCUCUCCCUCCGCCCCAGGUGCUUCCGCUCCCGUUGCAUCUGCCCCCGCUGGCUCUGCUCCUGGCGUCCCAGUUUUGACUUCUGUCGUCGUACCCACCGCUACUCCCAUCGUUCCCGGUGGCCCCAUGACUCCCGUCCCUGGCGUCAACGCCACUAUGCCCAUCAUCUCUGGCACUGGCUCCACCCCUUCAUCGACUGCCUCUGGUGAAGAGUCCACCUCUACCAGCGGAUCUGGAAGCAGCAGCAGCCCUACCAGGAGCGCAAGUGCCCCCGGCUCAACUGGCGCUGCCGCCGGUAACAUGGUCUCAUUCGGUGGCCUUGUCCUCGCCAUCGGUGCCGCCGUUCUGGCUUAAGCACCACAGCAUACGCUACAUUACCGACUCUUUACACUUCUUCAUAGUAUAUCCGCAACCUUUCGUCACGACUCUGGGGUUGUUAUUGUUUGUUUAAAGGCUUAGCAUGGAGUAACCAGUUUUUUUGGAGAGCAUUGUCAUUGUGACCGGGUUUUAAUUAUUGGGACCAAAAGGCGUGCAUCUGGGGGUGGUUCAAGGUUGGCAUGACGACUCUUUACUUAAUGCGACACGUCCCCGUGACGCCGAACAUAUAUGUUCUGUUCAUGUUAAUAGAUGGUUAAUAACCAAUUCAUCAUAGACACCACAAUGUGGUCGUCUAUUC